CACGGCACACGCCCUCGUGUGCCAUCCUCCAUAAACAAUAUCCCUUUCACCCACACACACGAUCUUCACCAUAAUCCCACAUUUCUUCUCAUCUACACAAUUAUUUAUAAAACUAGCCCACUUUUGCUAAUCUUCAGUUACAUCUCCUGUUAGUGUUUGAGAUUGUAAUUAUGGAAGAUUCAACAUCUACGGAAGAAAACAUCGAUACAGCGAAGAAGAAGAAACCGGAUUGCAGCAAAAAGAGUGGUGCAAAGGUUCAUAAGAAAAUUCAUAAAGCUGAAAGGGAGAAGCGGAAACGUGAUCUUAUGAAUGAUCUGUUUCUGGAGCUUAUUAAAGCUUUGGAAUCGGCUAUUCCGAACACUGGGAAGUCUUCUGCAUUGACGGACACAAUUCGAAUAAUCGGGGACUUGAAAGCUCAAGUGGACUCUCUUAAGAAGGAGAAUUCGGUUCUGUUAGCUGAAUCUCAAUACAUUGCUGUUGAGAAGGAUGAAUUAAAAGAGGAAAAUAAUACCAUAGAAGCCCAUAUUAAAAAGCUUCAAAGUCAGAUAGAUGAGAGAGCUCAUCCCCAGUCUUUAUGGGCUUCAGAAUGCAACCCUGUUGUGGGCCCUGUUUUCGUAUUGCCCGUACAAAAUGACCCGAAACUUUUUGCAGAGUCCAAGAUCCAUGAGCCCGUAACAAAGCAGCUAGGGCCAAGUGUGAGCAAACCACAUGCUCGAUACCCGUCGCCCAAUGAUUCAUGGCCAUUUAACAUUCUUUCUGAACAAGCAAGAGCAGAUUAGAAUUAAUUAUUGGUUUAGUAAGAGUAGCUUUAGGGGCCAAAUGUUAGAAUUAUCAAUUAGCACUUAUAAGUGGCAUUUGCUCAAGAGACUGGAAUUGUAUUGAUUAGAUUUCAAAAAGAUUCAUCAUAUGUAGAUUCGCGGUAUCAAUAAACACCAAACCUUGAUGGUCCGGAACCACAA